AUGGAUCCUUAUUCGGCCUGGCUGGUGUUAUCAGCUUUCGCUCAGAGUAAUUACUUGCAAGAAGACAUCCCGUGGGGCCUUCAGCAGUAUAUCAACAGCUCCAUCGUUCCCUGGACUGAGAAGAUUCUGCUUGUUUCGAGCGCGCAAGACGAUUUAUCGUUUGAGGUAACACAGACAGUCGGGGCCAAUUUCCAGGCACUUCCAAAGAAACUUGAAGAACAUUUAUCAUUGUCAGUUUGUUCUGGAAAAAAAUCUGUUAUGAGUUAUCACAGUGGUCCCGCGGCAGCCAUUAACUAUGGCCUGCCGGCAUCAGUAGACAUGGGCUAUUCCAUGGUCACUGGUGCCAGGCAGGCCAGUGGCGAUGGCAGAGGAUAUCACCAACGGUCUUCUGAGAGUAGUUAUACUUACUCGAAGAGUGGUGCUGGCCCUAGUAGGUCUUCGAAGAGUUCGAGGGCUCGACAGAAUCAUGAUCGUGAUGAAGGUGAAGAUGACGAAGGCACCGAUCAACCUAAUUAUAUACCGUCCUCCAGUACGAGGACAAAAUCUAAGGCGACUGGCAGUUCUGACUUUGCUUGCUGGUUUUUCAAACUCGAUCCGGUGAAGUAUGCGGAUUGUAUGCAUGUUCAUGGUCGAUCUUCAGAUCUCAAAUAUGCCCAUCUGAAAAACCAUUUUAGGGAUGGUGCUAUUCCAUCUGGAUUUGAUAAAAAUAUGAGCUGGGAUGAGGUCUGGGCUACCUUGUUUCCGAGGAUCCGACCGCCCAACAACAAAUACUAUGUUAUUAACGAUAUGAUAAUGAGCGUCCUUGAAUCUGCAUCGGUCAAAGGCGACGAUGUGACCCGUUUCCUGGACACUUUAGGAAACCACGAGAGUCGAGAAACCGUCCUAAAUCGUAUCUAUAGCCUUUCGGCAGACCGUGGAAACUCCCCUAACUCUGCUGGCACAACUUCUACUCGACGGAGUAGACGGGAGCCCCAUCUACACACAGUUGACCGAACUCCAAGGACUGUGGAUAGUGGGUUUCCAGGCAGCUCGCCCUCUUCCGCCCCCGACAGCGGCAAUAAUACUCCGGCAACCGCAUCCCGCCCGUCACAUAGGUACACACCUAACUUCAAUUCCUAUCAUCACGUUCAAGGUGGCCUUGAACUUGGUAUCGACGAUGCCAUGGGCGUCGAUGCCUAUCAUUCAUUUUCUGACACUGUUGGCGCUGCCGCCGCCGGAGAGAUCGCUAUUUGGGACGAGACCAUCAGCCAUUUGAUGUGGCUGGGGCGUGAACUUCCAUGGCAGAGCCCUAUUGAUUUUACGACGUUUUACCUUUCGCAUACUUGCACCAAGACUGGGCACGAGGUGACGCGUAUUUACGACUUUGCAGAGCUCCAGGAGCAGUAUAACUGGCAUGAAGGUGGACCGGUUGAUGGAAGUUGCCCUUUUACAUUAAUUGCUCAUAGGAGGGGUUAG